AUGAAUCGAUUUGAAGAUAUAUCAGACGGUGAAGUGGACCAUUCCUUCUUUGAUAGUGACUUCGAAGUAGCCAAAAAAUGUGACAAUUACUCAGUUUUUGGCAAACGAAAGGAUAACCCUAAAGAGAGAAUAGACAAGUGUAUUAAAAAAGUACAAUUAAAAACUGAAAUACAAACAAAGGAAGAUUAUCUUACUGAGAAGAGAAAUGAAAGCAAAGCAAAAAUUUCCGUGAAAGAACAUCCAGCAGAGAAUAUCACACAAACCAGAAAUUCUUUAACAUUGACAACUCCUUCAAGUUCAAAAAAAUUGUAUGAUGUUACAACAGGACGUAAAAUAUACAUUCCAAAUAGAAUUCCCAAGAUUGUAAAAGAAGGUGAAGAUGAAUACUUUACAGAUGGAGAGGAAAGCAGUGAUGAUAGGAAAAAAUUCCAUGUGAGGUCCAAGUCAGCUAAUGUCUUCAAAAAAAGCGUUAAUAAAAAAUAUGUCAAAAUUAGUUCCUCUUCUUUGUCUUCCUCAUCUUCAAGUUCCGGUAAAGUCUGUUCAGAUGUGGGGCGUGAAAAAUGCAUAUCUGAUUCGCAUCCAUCAUCAAAGAAAUAUAUAUCUGCUAUAAUGCCCUCAUCACCCAAACAUAAGCAUAAGUCAGGAAAAAAAUCAACAGGAGCACUACCUUCAAGUUCUAAACCAAAACUUGAUGACCACACUGAGGAAGCGGAAGAUGCUGUGACGGAUGUAACCCCUUUAUCAACCCCAGACAUCAGCCCUGUUCAGCCUCAUGAACUGGGUGCACCAAACUGUCAAAAAGUGAGAGCUAAAAAGCAAAGAAACGUGAGUCAACAAGUAUAUGAAGAAAUUGAGGAUUUAAAAAAUAAUUCAAAAUAUAUGAAAUCUGCCAGAAAGGGGAAAGAAAAACAUGCACUCACUGCCAAGUAUUCAGUGUUAGAUUCCAAUUUAGAUGCCAAAUGUCAACAAAAAGGCUCGCAUGACACCAUGGACCUCAAUCAUCUUUUGAAUAUGUUUCUGCAAUUAGAUAAAAAGGAAACACAAAAACAUCACUUUGAACAGCCUUCAGUAGUACCCAGGAAAAACUACUCUUUCACAAAAGAAGAGGCAAGACGGAUUGAUCAAGAAAAUCAGAGGCUUUUGAAAGAAUUGACACGACAUGCCGAGAAACCAGGAAACAGAAGUACAAUGAACAGAUGGACUGUCAACCCCCCUAAGUUGUAUCAUAGUGCCCUCAACAGACAGAGGGAACAGCAGAGGAUCGAGAGAGAAAAUUUGGCUUUAUUAAAAAGGCUUGAAGCUGUGAAACCAACAGUUGGCAUGAAGCGCUCCGAACAACUGACAGACUACCAUCGCAACAUGGCUUAUCUCAACCCAUCACCACCUUCAAGACAAAUGAGAUCGACUCUUGGCCAGUAUAGCCCAUUGAAAGGUGCCUCCCGGACCUCCAGUGCCACCAGCGGUCUCAGCUACAAGAGUGAGAGGUCAGUUUUUGACACAUCCAGUGGCCGCCUGCCAAGACCUAAACCUCCUCGUGUCCAUGCAGCAUGGUUAUAA